AUAUCUCUAAAGGAGCAAGAUCAGUAACAAAAAAAAGUGGGCAAAAAGGUUAGAAACGACAUGGCCCACGGUGGCUAUGGUAAGCGGCGCGUGGUGGAAGGGAAGCGCGUCAUUCGGCGAUCAAAGGGACCUGGCGUAGACAAGAAAUCGAAGCCAAAAGCCGUUUCUCUCAAGAACCAGAUACGCUCCAUUGAACGCAUGCUGCGGAAGGAUCUUCCUCCUGAAGUUAGAGAGGCUCAAGAAAAUAAGUUAGAAGGGCUUAAGAGACAACAAGAAAUCCAUACUCGACUAGCCGUGGAACGAAAAAUCUUCUUGAGGAACAGAAAGAUUAAGUUUUUUGAGAGAAGAAAGAUAGAAAGGAGGAUUCGGCGUUUGGAGAAGCUGCAACGAACUUCAUCUGGUCAGACACAAGACACAGAGAUUGCUAACCAGCUAUCAAAAUUGAAAGAGGAUCUUGAAUAUGUUAGGUUUUUCCCCAAGACCGAGAAAUACGUAUCUUUAUUUAUGGGAUGUGAUGAUUCAGAAGUGGUUGAUAGGAGAAAUAGAUUGCGGACGCAGAUAAAAGCCAACGUAGUUGCUGCUGCUGCCAGCGGGAAAGAUAUGGAAGAGACAGGGAGUGAGGAUGAUGGGCUGUUGGAUUUGAGUGAUGAUUUCUUCUUAAAAGGAUCUUCAAGCGAUGAAGUUGACGCAGACGAUGAAUGGACAGAUAAAAGUACCCGGUACGUAUUAGACAUAGAACAGGCUUCUAGCGCUUCCGGGAAAGCAGCAUCUGGCAUGUCUAGUGAUGAAAGGAACCAGAGACAGGUUUCUGCCAGAGCUUUAAUGCCACCUCCAAGGCCUAAUUCAUUUUCAAAUUUGGUACGUGCAAAAUCAAGGUUUGGAUCUUCAUCCAGCCGAAAUUCAUCCAUGCAGAGAGCUGAAAUGUCCACAUCUAGCAACACAUCAAACAGAAGAAGUGGUUCUUCCUUUAAGGCAGGGGGGUCCUCAAAUUCAAAGACAGGAAACAGUAGUAAUUUAAGUUCAAAUUCUGAUGCUCGCAAACCACGUAGGAAGAGGAGACCAAAAAAGAGAAAGCAACAGGUUUGGUGACCGUGACUUGGAUCUAAUUGUACUUUUUCUUUACUAUUGUUACUUUUCUACAUUUUAUAUGGUGGGAAAUUGGUUUUUAUCAUUGUUUGUGCCUGUCCUGUGUUCCAUUCUUCUUGAGGGCUUGUAAGCUCCUAUCUGGUAUCCUAGUCUUGUACUUUUACUAAAAAUGCAUGCUACAUGGGAUUGCCAUAUCUCAGAAAAUGGAAAGGGCCCUUGAGAUAACA